UACUUUAUCGGCUUAAUUUGACAGGCAAAUGUCACGUCAAAAAUAAUAACAUAUGCUUAAUAUCGCUUAAGAUUAAAGAAUUUUACUUUUUAAACCAGUUAAGUAAUAUUAAUUAAUUAAACUAACAGCGAAAAUGGCUGAUUGGGAAGAAAUAAAACGUUUAGCAGCUGAUUUCCAAAAAGUUCAAUUAACCUCCACAGCUCAAAGGUUGUCGGAAAGAAACUGUAUAGAAAUUGUAUCAUGGUUACUCCAAAGAAAAAUGAUCGAUUUAAUAUUUACGAGCGAUGGAAAAGAAUACAUGACGCCGACUCAAUUAGUUACAGAUAUAAAAAACGAACUGUACAUAAACGGAGGACGAGUUAAUUUAACCCAACUAUCAAAAGUGAUUGGAGUCGAUUACAACCACGUCUCGAAUCAUAUCAACGAAGUUUUAAAAGGCCACAAAGACAUUCAUUUCGUUUUGGGCCAACUUAUCGAUGUUACGUACAUUUCGAAAAUUGCCGGGGAAAUUAACGAAAAAUUACAACAACAAGGGCAAAUUAAUCUUAGCGAUUUAACGAUCCAAUACGAUUUACCAACGGAUUUUUUGCAAAAUCAUGUGCUUGAGAAAAAUUUGGGAAAAUUAAUUUUUGGCCGGCAAGAUAAAAAUGAUCCGAAAGUAUUCUUUACAGAAUCGUUUAUUGCCAGGAGUAAAGCGAAAAUUCGCGGGGCUUUAGUUGGGUUAACACGACCCACAGCGGUUCAUGCCAUUUUGAAUCAUUUGGAGAUUUCUGAACGAUUAUUUUUCUCGUUAUUUGAGCAGAGUUGUUCGUAUGGACACUUAACAAGUCGAUUAACGGGAGCUCAGUAUAUUCCGAAUGUUUAUUCAAGGUCACAAAACGAAUACAUCUCCAAUUUUUACAAACAAAAUAAUUACCUGGAAUAUGACCUUUUAACAAAAUUGGGAAUUUCCGAUUAUAAAACUUACUUAAAGAAAUUCCUUGGACAAGACGAUGUAAGAUAUUUAAAAUCAUGCGUUGUUUCGAAAACGAUUUUGGAUCGCCUUGAAGCCGAUAUCGACGAAUGCAUCAGUAGCAAAUCACACUUGGAUGUUUUAAAUAACGUACCUUCAGUUUUUAACGACCAAGACGUCCAAGUACUUUUAGAUAUGGUUUUAACACCGCAGAAAAGUAAAGAAGUUAUCUUUUUAAGCGGUUACAUCUUAAGCAAAGCAUUCAUCGAUUCGUUAUCGGCCGAUUGCGAACAAGUUGUUGAAGUAAACGCGAGAUGUGCUGUUGAAAGCGGGGCUUAUCAACAAUAUUUUACCGAUUUACAAGUUUCGAAAGGUACGAAAGGUGAUGAUGUUGAAGAUGUUAAAGUCGAUAAACGGGAGGAAAGAAGGAAGAAAGCGGCUGGUGGUAAAAGUGGCGGGGGGACUCAAGGGAGAGAAACUAAAACUAAAUCGACUAAAAAAUACGUAAGGGGUAAAAGUGCUGUUAAUGAAGAUGUUGAGGAUGAAGUAACAGGGAAGAAGAAAUUUUUGGAAAUUGUUUCUAUGGAUGAUAUAAACGGUUUGGUACAAAGUAAACUCGAAGAAGAUGGUUUAGAUGAGUUAACACCUUAUUUAGUCGAAUACUUAUAUCCGACUUUGAAUCAAAAAGGAUUAGAAACCGCCGGAAAUAUUUAUAAAGUCACAAUAUCUGAUCGCACUGCGAAUAGAAGAGACACCCAUAAUGAUCUACAAAAUAGAAUGAAUGCUUUAGUUGGAGACGUGAGAUUAUUUGACAAAGGAUUAAAAUUAUUUCCAGUUGAUGUUCAAGCAAAUCUAACGAAAUAUUUAUUAAAAACUCAUUGCACCGACGUUGUUAUGAAACUUUUAAAAUAUAUUUCUAUGGAAGAAAACUUGAGUUUACUUCCAGAUAAUUGUACCAACGAGCAAAGAUUAAAAUUUGUUAACGAACUUCCAAAUGAUUACCGAAACCCUAUGCUUACUCUACUAAAAUCAUUAUCAGCACAAGGAAUCGAGGAAUUUUUAAACUCCGUCGAAGAUGCGUUAACAAGUUGCAGCAUGAUCUUAAAGAAAAUCGAUAAGAAAAAGGAUCGUAUCGUUAUCUUAAACUGCAAACACAGCUUAUUAGAACAAUUACAAGUAACGGAUGAUCCCGCGAUAGUUCUUCACCUAACUCUUUUAAUCCUUUUUGUGACAAUCACCCAAAAUAUUAUCCACACCAGCGGAAGACACGUUUCUGCUAUUUAUGCCUAUUUAAAACCUCAUUUAAACGAUGAACAAAAUAAAAAAUUAAGCAAAUAUUAUGAUUUAGUUAGCGUCGUUCUAAAUAACGGGGAUGAUGUGGAUAAAGCUAAAGCUAUUCUUCAAGAAGAAAUUGACGGGAUUAAGAAGAUCGCAAGUGAAUUUAAAAAAAUUGGAGCGGCUGAUAAAGAUAAAAAUUAGAUUGUUACAAUUUAUAUUGAAUUAAUAAAUUUUAUGAAUUGGGUUAAUAC